AUGGCUCAGAUGGAGGCUGGCCGCACAAUCCCCAAGUUCGGCGCCUGGGACGUGAACAACCCGGCCUCCGCCGACGGGUUCACGGUCAUCUUCAGCAAGGCCAGGGAUGACAAGAAGGCCCCCGUCAACGUGCACAAGGCCAGCAGGUCCGCCGACGGCAAGGACGCCAGGCCCGACUCCAAGAUGAACCAGUCCUACAGCAACUCCAGGCCCAACACCUCGGUACCUUUUCUUCUUCCUCUUCUUCUUCCUCACCUAUCUUAA